AUACCCCGCUUUGCGGACACUCACUUUACGUACACUCGCGAGUACGGACAUGCCCGCAAGUGUACGUAAAGUGCCUCGCAAUUACGGACAUUCCCGCGCCGCGCAGCUGCAGUAUGAUCUGGAGGGCGGAGCUGCCGCCCAGAGUUGUGAGGGAAGAGGCAAAACGUCCUGCGCGUUGCCAGCAAGCCAGUCCAGCAUUGCCUGUCGGCCCAGAGGUGCUCAGCAUAGGUGCUCAGCAUUGCCUGUCAGCAAUCCCAGCGCUGCUCAGAGGUGCCGCCAGCCCAGAGCUGUUCACCAGCCACAGUCUGCAUAAUCGUAAGUACCGUACGCCCCCCCUGCUAUUGGCCCUGACCCCCCCCCACUACCAGCCCUGGACCCACAUCAUAGCCCCUUGACCCCCCCACUGUUAUUUUCAUUGUUACAGGUACCCAUCGUGCCUGCCAGCCCAGAGGUGCCCGUCAGCCAGCACCAAGGCCCAGAGGUGCCUGCCAGCAAGCACCAAGGCCCAGAGGUACCCACCAGCCUGUCAGCAAUCCCAGCGCUGCUCAGAGGUGCCGCCAGCCCAGAGCUGUUCACCAGCCACAGUCUGCAUAAUCGUACCCAUCGUGCCUGCCAGCCCAGAGGUGCCAGUCAGCCAGCACCAAGGCCCAGAGGUGCCUGCCAGCAAGCACCAAGGCCCAGAGGUACCCACCAGCCUGUCAGCAAUCCCAGCGCUGCUCAGAGGUGCCGCCAGCCCAGAGCUGUUCACCAGCCACAGUCUGCAUAAUCGUAAGUACCGUACGCCCCCCCUGCUAUUGGCCCUGACCCCCCCCACUACCAGCCCUGGACCCACAUCAUAGCCCCUUGACCCCCCCACUGUUAUUUUCAUUGUUACAGGUACCCAUCGUGCCUGCCAGCCCAGAGGUGCCCGUCAGCCAGCACCAAGGCCCAGAGGUGCCUGCCAGCAAGCACCAAGGCCCAGAGGUACCCACCAGCCUGUCAGCAAUCCCAGCGCUGCUCAGAGGUGCCGCCAGCCCAGAGCUGUUCACCAGCCACAGUCUGCAUAAUCGUACCCAUCGUGCCUGCCAGCCCAGAGGUGCCAGUCAGCCAGCACCAAGGCCCAGAGGUGCCUGCCAGCAAGCACCAAGGCCCAGAGGUACCCACCAGCCUGUCAGCAAUCCCAGCGCUGCUCAGAGGUGCCGCCAGCCCAGAGCUGUUCACCAGCCACAGUCUGCAUAAUCGUAAGUACCGUACGCCCCCCCUGCUAUUGGCCCUGACCCCCCCCACUACCAGCCCUGGACCCACAUCAUAGCCCCUUGACCCCCCCACUGUUAUUUUCAUUGUUACAGGUACCCAUCGUGCCUGCCAGCCCAGAGGUGCCCGUCAGCCAGCACCAAGGCCCAGAGGUGCCUGCCAGCAAGCACCAAGGCCCAGAGGUACCCACCAGCCUGUCAGCAAUCCCAGCGCUGCUCAGAGGUGCCGCCAGCCCAGAGCUGUUCACCAGCCACAGUCUGCAUAAUCGUACCCAGCGUGCCUGCCAGCCCAGAGGUGCCCGCCAGCCAGCACCAAGGCCCAUAGUUGCCUGCUAGCCAGCAUCAAGGCCCAUAGGUGCCUGCCAGCCAGUACCAAGGCCCAGAGGUACCCACCAGCCAGCAUCAAGGCCCAUAGGUACCCACCAGCCAGCACCAAGGCCCAUAGGUGCCUGCUAGCCAGCAUCAAGGCACAUAGGUGCCUGCCAGCCAGUACCAAGGCCCAGAGGUACCCACUAGCCAGUACCAAGGCCCAGAGGUGCCUGCCCAGCAUUGCCCAGAGGUGUCCGCCAGCCAGCCCAGCAUUGCUUGCCAGGUAGGCAUUGAGUAAUGGCAGAUAGUACCAAAAAAAGCCGUAAAUCAAUUACUUUGGAUAUGAAGGCUAAAAUGAUUAAGUUGUAUGAUGAAGGUGUAACUCAAGCUGAAAUAGGCCGAAGGCUAGGCUACACUCGGACUACAGUUAACACCGUCAUAAAAAACAGAGAAAAACUUCUUGCAGAAAUUAAGAGUGCUACACCUGUUAACACAACAACAAUUCGAAAAAGAGAUAGCAUUGUUGCAGACAUGGAGAGACUCUUAAUACUUUGGAUAGAAAAUCAGACUACACGUCAUGUUCCUGUCAACCAGGCAAUUAUACAAACUAAAGCCUUAAGUCUGUUCAAUGACCUGAAGGCUAAGAAAGGUGAGACAGCAAAGGAUGCAGAAUUUUCUGCAAGCCGUGGAUGGUUUGAUAGGUUCAAGAAAAGGUCUAACCUACAUAACAUUAAAAUACAAGGAGAGGCAGCUGCUGCAGAUCAUAAGGCUGCAGAAAGCUAUCCAAGAGAGCUUGCCAAAAUUAUUCAAGAUGGAGGCUACUCCAUGGAUCAGAUUUUUAAUGUGGAUGAGACUGGUCUAUUCUGGAAGAAGAUGCCUGCAAGAACCUUUAUCGCAAUACAGGAAAGAUCAAUGCCAGGCUACAAGCCAGCUAAAGAUAGAAUAACCCUUCUGUUAGGUGGCAAUGCUUCUGGUACCUUAAAGCUAAAGCCUUUGCUAAUUUACAGAUGGGAAAAUCCAAGAGCUUUGAAGAACUACGUUAAAACUAGGCUUCCAGUGCAUUGGAGAGCUAACAAAAAAGCAUGGGUUACUGCAGCCCUUUUUGAAGAUUGGUUUGACACCUGCUUUGUUCCAGAGGUGAAAGCCUAUUGCAAGGACAACAAUAUCCCUUUCCACAUAUUGCUGCUUGUUGAUAAUGCCCCUGGACACCCUCGAACACUAGAUGAGCUGAACCCUAACAUUCGAGUGCAGUUCCUACCACCAAAUACUACCUCACUACUGCAGCCAAUGGAUCAAUGCGUCAUUGCCGCCUUCAAGUUAAACUACUUAAAAAGAACAUUCAUUAAGUGUAUUGCAGCAAUAGACAAAGAAGAAGGAGACGGUAAAGAAGUCCUAUCCAAAUUCUGGAAAAGCUACAACAUCUUGGAUUGCAUUAAAACUAUAAGAGAUGCUUGGAAUGACAUAAAGGAAACCACAAUGAAAAGGGCCUGGAAAAAAUUAUGCCCACAGUUAGUUGAUGAUUCAGAAGGCUGUGAAGAUCAUGUAGCUACUGUUACUGAAAAUAUUGUAGAUAUGGCAAGGCAGUUAGAGCUGGAAGUGGAGCCAGAAGAUGUUGCUGAACUGCUUGCGUCCCACACAGAGUCCCUCAGCAAUGAAGAUCUUCUAGAACUUGAAGAGGAGAGAGAAGAAGAUGUGCAGGAUGGGGUUGAGAUCAUUGAUCAUCAGCCUGAAGGUUUAACAACAAAAAUUCUCUUUGAAGCUUUCCGUCAUCUUGAUAGCGCCAUGGCUCUAUUUGAAAAGCAUGAUAGGGAUUUUGAAAGAAGUUCCAAAGUCAAUGCUAACAUCUCAGGGGCUUAUGCCUGUUACAAAGAAAUCUACAGGGAGAAAAAGAGAGCUACACUUCAAACCUCCAUAGAAACAUACUUUUCUAAAAGUCCAUCAGCACGCGGAUCAUCAUCAACUGACAGUCUGUUUCCAGCUCUGACAUCACCACCGUGUCCUGCUCCUAUUGCUACUUGUAGUACACCCAAUUCUCCAGCAAGAAAGCGCCUCAUUUUUGAAGACUUGACUUGUGAAACAGAAGAUACCUGCAUACCUGACAGUCCAUUUCCAGCUCUGACAUCACCAUCAAGUCCUGCUCCUACUCUGAUUUCUUCUUGUAGUACACCCAUUUCGCCAGCAAGAAAGCGUCUCGCCUUUGAAGAUUUGACUAGUGAAACAGAAGAUACCUGUAUGCCUUCACCCUUCCUACCACAAUGAAUUAUCUCAGCUGCUCUGGCCUUGCAACAACGAGAUGGGGUAAGCUUACAAUUUUUAUUUGAAUAUUGUGUUUAUUUUAGUUAUCAAUGCAUUAUUCAUAUCAGUUAUGCUUGUAAAUGACUAUUGCAAUGCAGUGCACACAUUUAGAAGUGAAAAAAGGUAUUGCUUCACUUUAAGUACAUUUUCGCUUUACAUACAUGCCCCGGUCCCAUUGUGUACGUAAAAGCGGGGUA